UCCAACAUCAGCAGUUCAGUACGCGGAAUUGUCGAGUAUUCGCACUCGUGUUUUGAAGAAUAAUAGGAUCAUGCACUAUCGAUCCACCCUUCUGGGUAUAUUUUCCGUGGCCGUUUUCAUUCAAAAUGUCAACGCUGGACUCUGGGGUAGAAGUUCAGCAGACCCUGCGCCCGAGCCACCUCGGAGGCGUAAAAAUUUAACUUGUGUUCUCUUUUUUGGCAAUGGAGCGUGUGCUUUCAAAUGCAGAUUGUUUGGACAAGGUGCGGAGGGCUACUGUGAUAACUUGCUGUGCACUUGCAAGUACAAUGAUGUCAUUUACGUCGAAGGAGAUAACGGUUUCGAGCCUGUACCGAAUUCGCUGGCUGGGAGGAAUACUUUCAUAGAGCCUGGAAGAGAAACUCCUGCGCCAUAUGAGGAUGAAGAUGCUGACGAUUUGACACCAGAAGAAAAUGAAUUAAAAAUAAAAUUGAUAACUAUGAUGACAUUCUCACCAAAACAUGGCUCAGAAUUAUGUCAGUUCUUAAGAGAGAACAAUAUAGACAUCGAUGACGUGAAAAACUUGAGCGGAAAGGAGCGGAAAUUGAACGGAGGCAUUUCGUAUCAGCCUGUGACAUCUCGAAGUCUUCAAUCUGGGACUGACAUUCUUACGCAAGGAAAUAGUAUAGCUACAAGGGUUCUUCAAUCAUUACCAGAAAGUUGUGAGCGACCUCUACGAGGCGGUCAUUUUCCCGCGCCGAGAAAAAGCAAUAGAUCAAACGGUGGAACUCCUCCAAGGAGGGAUUUGAAACAUCAUCCUAGGAGGCACAUAGAAGAUGAUGACGAAGACGAUGAUGACGCUGACGACAAACUUUCGUCGAAUUUAAGGUCAAAGCAUUUGCCAACCCAUCAUGACCCUCAUGGAAACUCACAUAGCCCAAACAGACGGCAAUUUACCCUGAAUGCGGAUACCAUGCGAACACCGUCAUUAAAAGUAACGACUCCAAAACACAAAAACGUAAAAAAUAAAAGUCCUCCCAAAAUAAGAAAAGUUCCGGAAAGACCGGGGAGAUUCUCGUUCACGCAUCCUCUUAAACGGUCUACAGAUCUUCAAUUAAACCAUGUAAACCCUCAAAAACCGGAAUUAAAAGAUUCUCCGAUUACACCACUACCAAAAUACACGGUUCAACCUGCUGUUGCUGAAAUAUUACCAGCGGCACCUUCAAAAGAUCCUGUUGCUGAGAAUCUAAAAACGGUUGCUCCGUCUGAAUCAACCGCUCCAAACCCUCAAGUGACAUCAAGAGGAAAGGAAGAGGACGCUGCUCCUAAAAUUGCUAAGCCAAUGCCUAUGAGACGCAGACGGAGGAAACGUCGAGUGACUCCAUCCGUACCGACUCCAUCAAAGUUGCCUCUGAAGGAACAGGAUCCUGAUAAAAAGACCUCUGAAAAAUCUAAUGCUGAGGAAGUAUUGAAACCUCAACCGCAAGAGGAAGGUGCACCUCAGACGAGUCCAGAACAAAACUCCGACAAAAGUCCUGAAAUUGUGAAUCUCGAAGAGUUACCAACUUCAAAAAUUGGAAUUGAAAAUCAGAGCGCAAGUGACAGCCCUGAAAAACCGGAUGUAAAGACUAAUGAGACGCAAGAGCGAACAGAUGAUAGACCGAACCAACUGUAUGUUGACAACUCAAGCGCACCGGAGAAUCCUGUGCCUAAACCCGAGGCGACAGAACCAGUCUUGAAAUCUGUUACUCCGAUAAGAAAUAGGUUAGAACAAAAUCCUCGGAAACCCUUAACUGUACAGAUGAAGCCUCCUUCUAAUCAUCAGACUAUGGAAUUGUUUGACGGAAAUGACACUGCACCUAACCCCGAGGUGACAGAACCAGUCUUGAAAUCUGUCAAUCCGAUGCGAAAUAGGUUAGAACAAAAUCUUCAGAAACCCUUGACUGUACAGAUGAAGCCUCCUUCUAAUCAUCAGACUAUGGAUUUAUUUGACGGAAAUGACACUGCACCUAAACCCGAAGCGACAGAACCAGUCUUGAAAUCUGUUACUCCGAUGCGAAAUAGGUUGGAACAAAAUCCUCAGAAACCCUUAACUGUACAGAUGAAGCCUCCUUCUAAUCAUCAGACGAUUGAAUUGUUUGAUUCAAAUAAACCUGAAGUUGACAGUGAUCCUUCGAACGAAAUGAUGCCACAGGAUGCAGCCAAUAACCAGACAACUAUGAAUCCUCCGGAUACCCAACCAGUUGUUCCAUCUUCGUGGGCCUGGCCUUGGCCCUGGUUCAAGGAGCCACCGGUGAAAACGUCUGAAGAUUUGCCUGAGACCUCACCGUCGUCAGAUGCUGAACCUCAGUCUCAGGAGAAAAUACCUGAUCCUGUACCUGAGAAAGAUUCGGAGAGAUCAGACGAGAAAAAACCUAAUCAGGAAGAAAUUAGCCAACCAUUAAUAGGUAGUCCAAAUACUGAAGAUAAUCCAGGUGAUCAAAAACAGCAGGAACCUCUGAAAGAAGAGGCGAACAAUGAACACAGUGUACCUGUGGAAGAAGAAACAGAGGGCAACCCGUCAUCUCAACAGGGAGAGACUUUUGCCACUCCUCGUGAGUCAUCCUUGGUAUCGGAGCAUCAGCCUGAAUCUAAUCAUGAAGUGGUUGACACACCAGCGGAGAAAAAAGCGAGUGACUCAGAUUUUCAAUCGGCAACCCCUGACGAGUCAAGUCUGGCUCAUAAUUCUCAGGAGCCAAGUUCAUCAAGUUCAGAACCGAAAGAGCAAAAUCCAGAGGAAGUCGGCGACGUUCCUAGUCACGCAAGAGAGAAUUCCUUGAAAUCCCCUGAGAACUUCAACAUAGAAGACAGUCGUAACGAUGGGAAACUGCCUUCAGAAAACGAGGAUUCUACAAACCAGCAGCCGCCUGAAGAUCUCGACACUAAAGACAGCCAUAUCAAGGAAAAACAGGGACAGUCCUCGGAGAAGGACCAAAAUAAUCCGGAGACAAUUCCCGAAAAACUUGAAGAGGAGGCAUCACCAAAACCAAUCGCAUCGUCUGAGACUCCAUAUGAGGCACCCUUGUCAUCCGAUAAUCAGCCUCUAUUUCAUGAGAAAGACACUCCUUCUCUAAGAGAGGAGGAUGCAAUUGCAUCGGGAAAUAAAACUUCAACUCCUAAUGAUUCUGAUUUAGGCACCACAAAUGAUAAACCGAGUCAAACAACUCCAGAGAGAAUAAAUGGGUCAACGAUGGAAGCUCUCGACAAGCAAAAUGAAGAUUUUGUCGACAGUCAGUCACCUAAAAAUCCAGACGCUGAAGCCAGUCUGGUUGAUGAGCAGAAAGAGCCCUCAAGAAAAGAGGAGGUGGAUUUGGAUCAAAUAAAAGAAGCGACCGGAUCAGAUGACUCAUCAGAUUUGAUUAAUCCUGGACAGCCUCAGCAAAACUCUCGAUCCAAAGAUGGAUCGCCCUUGAAAGAGUCUGACGCUACUGAUGAAAACAAGCAAGAUUCUGAAAGUCCUCAGCCCCCUGAAAGCCCCAACACUGCGAUCAGCUCUGAUGAACCUAUAAAGAAAGAGCUAGAUAAGGAGGAUGUAGCUCAAAAUAUAGAACCUGAGAGUCAUUCAUCUGAGCCUGAUACACCUAUUGAGUCAUCGUUAUCACCUGGUAUUCAAAAUAUACCGGAGGACAAGGACUCUCAGCCACGAAAGGAGCCAGUCAAAUCGGAUACACUUUCCUCAACUCCUGACGAGCCAAAAGCAAGUAAUGACCUCAAAGAAUCUCCUCAACCAAGUACAGAGCCUAGUGUUGUACCACCCCCGAAAGAUACUGAUACCACUAAGGAUAAUCAAGACUCCAUACUACCACAGUCUCCUACAAAUGACGACACUGGCACCAACCCCAAUGCCGAAGAAGGUCGUGAAAAUCCUUCAGGAGAUUUACCAGCCAAUAAAGAAAUACCAUCGAAAGAAGAGCCUGAGGUUCAGUCAUCGUCUGGCCUUCCACCAGUAUCUGCAUUGCCUAUUGAGUCAUCUUUGUCAUCGCCAAAUAUCGUAUCUCACCCUGAGGAGCAGACAAGUGAAUCUCAGAAACCGGCGGAGGAAUCGACGGACUCAAUAAACCCAAAAGCAAAUUCUGAGUCAAAGGGAGAUACACCGGAGACCCCUGAGUCUCAACCCAAAAUCAAAUCCGAGGAACACCCGAGCAAGAAUUCAGACGCAGCAACUAAGCCAUCUGAAGCUCAAGAGGAGAAAGACACUGGAACUGAGAAUAGAUCACAACCUCCUCCCAGUGAGGAUGGAGACAUUACAGAGCCCGAAGAGGAAAAAGUAUUAGAAGAGUAUGAGGACAACGACUCUGAUAAUCCAAAAACUCAAGAGUUGAGAGACACUGGAACGAAUAAAUUACCAUCUCCUUCUAGUAAGAAUGAGGGAUCUAACAUCGCACAGCCUGACGAGGAAAAAGUAUUGAACGAGUUUGAAGAUGACGACUCUGAAAAUCCAAACGAUCCGACAAGGCCUUCGAAGCGAGCGGCAAAACCAAACGCUGAAAAAAUUGAUGACAGUAUGAACAACCCUUUGAAGAAUCCUAUGACAAACGAGGAUAAUUCUGCAAAUCAUGAUUCAAAGCCUAUAGAAACACCAAAGACGCCAACGCAAGAAGAAGAAGAAAGAAAAUCAAAUCCAAAUGACGCAGAGAUCAAGCCCGAAAUGAAAUCUGAGGCAAGUGAUGAAUCGUCUAGACCUGUGGAAUUGCCUGCCUCUUCUGAUGAACCAUUGUCAUCGUUGGAUAUGCCGCCCCAACCCGAGGAGGAGAAAAUCGAUACCGAGCCAAAGGGGGAUUUGAACUCGGAUACAAGAUCUGGGUCCGAACAGGAUGGAUCAGAAACGCCAGAGCCCCAACGCAGAGUGGAUUCCGACGAAGGUGCUGAAAAGGAUUCAGACGCAAUACCAGAGCCACCUGUGACUCGAGAAGUUGGGGGUACUGGAGCUGAGAAUGAAUCACAACCCGCACCCAGUGAGGAUGGAGGACCUAGCACCUCAGAACCUGAAGAGGAACAUAUUGAAGAGGAACAGGUAAUAGAGCAAUUUGAGGAUAGCGACCCUGAAAAUCCAGAUGCUCCGACACAGCCUCUGAAAGAAGAGGAAACACCAAUCACCGAAAAAGAUAGCAGUAUCGGGGAAUCCUCAAAACAACCUGCACCUAAUGGAGGAAGUACUCCAGAUCAAGAUUCAAGUCCAAAGGAAGCUCCAAAGACUCAAGUGCAAGAUGAAGCAAGCAGCACAAAUCCUACUGAUGCCAAAAUCGACGAGAAACCCAAAGUCCAGGAACCUGUUUUGAGUGAAAAAAAAGCUGAGCCAGUACAUAAUGAAGAGGAUGCGGUAGAUCCGGAGCAUCCUCAAAUUGAGCAAGAACAAGAGGUACUAGAGUACGAAGACGACAGCGAGAGUGAUGCCAACGCUCAUCCUCUUACCGCAACAAAAUCUUUGGGUCCCUUAAAUGAAGAAAUUAUCCAACCUAAAGAAGUAGAAAUUCAGCAGAAACCUGAUGUGGAAGAGCAGCCUGAAGAAAUUGAACACGAGGAGGUAAUAGAAGACUUUGUCGAAGAUGGAAGCGAUCAUCCAUCUCCUGCGGACGUGGGAAGCAACGCUGACGAGUCUGAUGACAAAAUUAAGGAUCAAGAUAUUCCAAAGGAGGCGGAUGAAGAAAAUAAAGUAGGGGAACCAAUUGAAUCAGUGAACAAACCCGAAGAAAGUGCAUUUAAUAACCCAGAAGAAUCCUCAAUUCCUGAAACAGCUGAAGAGGACCCAAAGGAAGAGGCUUCCAUUCCUAAACAAGAAUCCCCUACCGUGGAAAACGCAUCUCCUGCUUCGAAUAAUUCUAUGGAGAUUUUAGAUGAAUUCGUACAUGAAACCUUCAUUGAUGACGAAAAUGAGGAUCUUGAGCAGGAUAAGGAUGGUAAGUUGAAUGAACUUUCGGACGAAAGUUUACCUCAGAAUAAUGCUGUGACGCCGGAAAAUCAACCCGAGGAAACUAAGAUGUUAAAUGCACCAAACAGAGAAGACGAUGAAAAUAAAAUGGAAGGGACUUCGAUGAAUAAUGAUAAAGAAGUUCCCGAUGACAAUGAAAAAGAGGAGAUUCUACACGAGUUUGACGAUGAGGAAGAAGUUGAUGAUGCCGAACCCCAUGAAGAAAAAGGAUCGUCAUCCCCUGAAUCAACUCCUGAAGCACCAAGAAAUUCUUCAAAAAAUGAAAAUACUUCUCAGUCCCAAGAAACAAGUGAUGCUUCACACAAUCUGGCGCCAACAAAAUCUGAUCCCAUGGGUGAUACCGCUCAACCAGAAAACCCUGCAAAAGAGGUAGAUAAUAAGAGUGCUUCCAAUUCUGACGAAGAGACGGUACUAGACGAAUACUCCGAACAAGAUCAAGAAGUAUCCACCGAGGACUUGGAAGAUGUUUUUUCAGGGCUUACAGGUCUUGCAGUUUUGAAAGAAUACGUACUGAAAUCAUUGAACAAGUGAGAUGCGACGAAGACAUCUUAUUAGACGAUUGUUGUACCCAAAUUAUCAUUGAAUGAUACAUGUAUUUUUAAUUUCUUGCGAUGUAUUAUGUAUUCAUAUAUUUUUAUGAAUAAAAUAAAAAAAAAAAAAAUGCCAAGGGUCCAAAAAUAAAUCCCGAAAGAGGGAUCCUAAAGAGGGAGUUACACUGGCUAACUGUACUGUCCCAGCAUACAAACUUCUAUUUAUUCCAAUAAGAUGGCAGAUUCUGAUUUAAGAAUUGUUUAUUUAAUUGAUAAUUUGCGCAAGUCCAUAGUAUUAUGUGUAGAAUUUGGACCGUGAACUGCAUGUCACUUGUUGCGUUUGUUCCCGAAUUAAUACUUUCAAAGAAUGAAAUACUCUUGCAUUCCAUUUUUUUCAAUAUCCUUGUAUGCCCUGAACUUGGAGAUUAGGUUAAACCUAGCACAUUUCAGCUUGUUGCGCCGUUCAAAGAUGUAUGCGAUUAUCAAGUUUAAUUAAUUCGGAGGUGAGAUCUGGGGACCUUUCUCUGGACAUGUUCAAAAAGUAGUUAAAUUUUUCUGAUUCAUAAUCACCCAUCAAAAAAAAUUUUGGAUGGAGCGCGAAUAGCAUAUUAUAUAAGACUGUAGCAUUUUACCGCUUGUACAUUACAGCCUGUGUCCAUCGACGAGCACAUCAGAUGACCGAUGCUCUCCAACAUUAUAACUUAUGUACCCAUGCAACCAUAAACCUACAUUCACUCCCUUCUCCGAUUGCCUGUCGUUAUUAUCUCAAUUUGUCCUUUUCUCUCAAUUAAAUCGAUUCCUGGUAGAUUGAUGUUAGACCUUAAGACCAACUUUCACUGGGAGACAAAAUACAGCUUUUCUUGACAAGCAGGGUGACUAACAAUUUUUUUCAGUAUUCAAAGGAUGGGUCUCAAUCUGCAUGAAAUCUCUAAUUCUGUAUUUUUUCCAUUCUUUAUUUUUUAAUUUUUUUUUUGGUGGAAAUAUGUUCUGUACUAUUGUAUGCUAAUUUGACUUGUACAUCAUCGCCCUUUUCCGAGAGAAUGAAGAAACGCUGAAACAUUUUUCAGUAAAAUGCGAGUACUGAACGUGAGUUUCGGAGAGUUUCGGCGUUUCAAAAAGGCAUACAAUUUAAAUAAAGACAAAAGGUUAGAGGCAUAGCACUUUUUUCACAAAUAAAUUAUCACAGAAAAAAAGGAAUUGAAAUUUUGGACUCACGCCCAAUUAUCACAAGUCGAUCCAUCUCUAUUGAAGGGGGAUUUUGCAUAAUGUGUGUACUCUUUGACGUGCCCUUCAGCAAGUAGAUUGCAGAUUGUGCAACGAAUUCCGAAGGUAGUUUUGUCAGAAAAUACAGGAAUUUAACAUAUGAUUAGAAUUAUCUUUAUUUAUAUUUUACAUUAGAUGAGUUCAAAUACUGCAGCAUCUCAUGUUUUUUCUGAUCCUUGCGACGUUCAUCUUGUUUGUAAACAAGAAUCUCAGUGAGCAGAAUAGUAAUUGAAACUGUGACUGCGAUUAAAUAAAAUAUGACGAUUCCUGCUAUAUGGUUCCAGCAGGCAACACCUGAGAACCUGGGUGCUGUCGUAUGAGGAAUUCGUCGAGAUAAGUACUUCCGAUGUAAGUAGUCCAUGAUACCAGAUCCAUACAAAUUGAAUAAUCUGAAAUCAGCGUACAACAUGAGAAAAAACAAAUGUCUGUACGAAUAUUUUUCUUUAAAGCAUGAUUUGAUAUCUGGGUUCAGGAGACAGUUUUUUUAAAAUAUUUUUUUGGUUAUUUAGGCUAUUUCAAAUUCAAGCUAUAGCGGAUUUUUUAUUUCACUCUCUUUCUGAACUUUACGUCAUACCAAUAGGGUAAAACAGUUAAUUAUUUCGAGUAAAAUGUUGAAAUAAGUGCUGCAAAAAUAAAAUGACAUUUUUUAAAUCACCCUCUGGUUCCUUACAAUCUGAAAUAAAAGAAAAUUUAACAUGUG